UUUCUCUCUCUCUCCAUCUUAUUUGGCCAGGUGCCUCCCUCGUUCACUCAUGUCUUUUCUUCUUUCUUUAUUUUCUCUCCUUGCUUUCCUUGCUGCAGUCUACUCAGCCCCUGCUCAGCUCUCUUACGACCAACUCGCACCAAGGCAGGCCCCUGCAACCCCGGAUUUUCUUAAACAAAAUGGGCUUGAUGCCCAGAAACUCAACUCCCAGUUCGCUUCCAUGAAGCCAACAGAUUCAUGUCAAGACGAUCAGAUGGCCUGUGUCACCUCAGCUUUUGCCCAAUGUAUUGGUGGAAAAUGGGCGUUAUCUACAUGCAGCUCAGGUCUCGCCUGCUAUGCCCUUCCCCUCGUAAACAAGCCUGGUACCAGCCUUGUUUGUGACACUCCUACGGAUGCCGCAGCCCGUUUCGCUGCCACUGGCGUCGACGGUGGUGUAACAGGCGCGGUGCCUCCGGCUCAAGGCAACAACAGCACGUCUGCUCCCACUCCUUCUGGAGGAGAUGACUCUGUUGACGAUGAUUGUGAUGAGGACACCCCUAGCACUGAUGACGGGGACGGGGACGAUUGCGACGAGGGAAAUCAUAGCACUGGCGCCUCGCAGAUUCCUGACGACCAGUGUGAGGACGAUAACACUACGUCCAGUGUACCCCUUGCAACUCCCCGGACCGUCAAAUCAGCCGGCCAGUCUCGUACUCUUACAAGUGCGUCCUCCACCCCGACAGUUGCAAAUCAGGCGAACGCACCAGCUCCCACUACCAUAUAUCUUACUUCACAAUCGUCUGCUUCCACAACUCCAUCUGUCAUUUUGCUCAACCGCCGCCAAGCUCCCAGCACUUUGCCUACUCCGUCCUCUGCGACAACAACCGCCCUGACGAGCUCCAUACCCAUAUCGACCUCUUCCAGCAGUGCUGCCAUUGUAACGCCAACAGUUGUAAUUGGUACAGAUGGGAUUGUUACCGUAACUGUCGUUUCCACCGUCUUUGUUUCUGCCUCCUGCGGUCUUCCUUCAGUCUCUGCAACCCUUUCUUCAUCUCCUAGCGCCAUUAGGGUUUCUUCAGCCGUCCCCCCCGCUGUCACUUUGACGUCUCCCGCAAUCACGUCCUCAUCAGCUCCCUCCGUGUCGACAACUGCCACUCCUUCCGCCACUGGCGUCAUUAACCUCUCUGUCCCUCCAGCCGCAAGCGAGACUUCCGUCAACGGCAACGCAGGUGGUGGACUGACUUUCAUCAGCCAGGUGGCCACCCCCCCUGCCGUACCUUCCCCGACGGGCUCAUUCAACCUAUCGGAGCUGUUGACUGCUACAGUGGCUUCCUCGUAACGAUCUGAGCCAUGAACAGUAAUGAACACAGACCGGAUAAUAUUUUCCCAUACUUUCAUGUAGCCAUUAGGAUUAUCAUUACAAUGUAAUAUUAUUGCACAAGUUAUUAUCGUUUUCGUUG